AUAAAUCUGCUGCACUGUUUGGUGCUCUGUUCAUUUAACACCUAAAUCUGUAAUCCAACAGAUAACAGCACAUAGAUACACUAAAGUGUGUGCCUUUGUGACUUUCUAUGGCUCCACUGCUUUCUGUUAAGCAGUAAUAGGUACGAACGACCUUGCUUGUUGUUGGGAAUACUACUAUAUCUGAAAUGACUGCCAACAGAACAAAACUCAGACAAAUUUUUAAAAAACGUGAGAUGAUUACUUCCCUGCCACUGUACUAUGAAGGAUUCCUAUGGAAAAAAGGAGCACUGGAUAAGUCUUUCCAAAGAUACUGGUCGGAGCUGCGAGGCUGUGUGAUAUUCUUUUACUCCGAUGAAAAAGAUGGGAUGUAUACAGAAAAGCUGAACCUGCAGUCCCUUGUGCCACUGGAUGACAACGGUAGAGAAUCCCGAUCAGUUUUAUUCACAUUGCAACUAGAACAGGAGGAGAUACAGUUAAAGGCUGAAAGCACUGAAACCAAAAUUGAAUGGCAAGGUUACAUUGCUGUGGUCUCUCAGGUAUGAACAUUGUAUUUUUUUUGAAUUGUUCUUG